GACCAGGAAGUGGCUGCUGAACACAGACAGUGCAGGGUGGGUAUAAGCUUUCUCUUAUAUAGAGUCACACUGUGUGUUAUAUUGAGAUACUGUGUUAUAUAGAGUCACACUGUGUGUGUUAUAUAGAGAUACUUACUGUGUGUUAUAUAGAGAUACUGUGUGUUAUAGAGUCCCACUGUGUGUUAUAGAGAGAUACUGUGUGUUAUAGAGAGUCCCACUGUGUGUUAUAGAGAGAUACUGUGUGUUAUAUAGAGUCACACUGUGUGUUAUAUAGAGAUACUGUGUUAUAUAGAGUCACACUGUGUUAUAUAGAGUCACACUGUGUUAUAUAGAGUCAUACUGUGUGUUAUAUAGAGUCAUACUGUGUGUUUUAUAGAGUCAUACUGUGUGUUAUAGAGAGUCAUACUGUGUGUUAUAGAGAGUCAUACUGUGUGUUAUAGAGAGUCAUACUGUGUGUUAUAGAGAGUCAUACUGUGUGUUAUAGAGAGUCACACUGUGUGUUAUAUAGAUAUACUGUGUUAUAGAGAGUCCCACUGUGUGUGUUAUAUUGAGAUACUGUGUAUUAUAUAGAGUCACACUGUGUGUGUUAUAGAGAUACUGUGUUAUAUUGAGAUACUGUGUAUUAUAUAGAGUCACACUGUGUGUGUUAUAGAGAUACUGUGUUAUAUAGAGAUACUGUGUUAUAUAGAGAUACUGUGUGUUAUAGAGAGUCCCACUGUGUGUUAUAGAGAGAUACUGUGUGUUAUAGAGAGUCCCACUGUGUGUUAUAGAGAGAUACUGUGUGUUAUAUAGAGUCACACUGUGUGUUAUAUAGAGAUACUGUGUUAUAUAGAGUCACACUGUGUUAUAUAGAGUCAUACUGUGUGUUUUAUAGAGUCAUACUGUGUGUUUUAUAGAGUCAUACUGUGUGUUUUAUAGAGUCAUACUGUGUGUUUUAUAGAGUCAUACUGUGUGUUAUAGAGAGUCAUACUGUGUGUUAUAGAGAGUCACACUGUGUGUUAUAUAGAUAUACUGUGUUAUAGAGAGUCCCACUGUGUGUGUUAUAUUGAGAUACUGUGUAUUAUAUAGAGUCACACUGUGUGUGUUAUAGAGAUACUGUGUUAUAGAGAGUCCCACUGUGUGUUAUAUAGAGUCACACUGUGUGUUAUAUAGAGUCACACUGUGUUAUAUAGAGUCACACUGUGUUAUAUAGAGUCUCACUGUGUGUUAUAUAGAGUCUCACUGUGUGUUAUAUAGAGUCUCACUGUGUGUUAUAUAGAGUCUCACUGUGUGUUAUAUAGAGAUACUGUGUGUUAUAUAGAGUCAUACUGUGUGUGUUAUAUAGAUAUACUGUGUUAUAGAGAGUCCCACUGUGUGUUAUAGAGAGUCCCACUGUGUGUUAUAUAGAGAUACAGUGUGUUAUAGAGAUACUGUGUUAUAUAGAGUCUCACUGUGUGUUAUAUAGAGUCUCACUGUGUGUUAUAUAGAGUCUCACUGUGUGUUAUAUAGAUAUACUGUGUUAUAGAGAGUCCCACUGUGUGUGUUAUAUUGAGAUACUGUGUAUUAUAUAGAGUCACACUGUGUGUGUUAUAGAGAUACUGUGUUAGAGAGAGUCCCACUGUGUGUUAUAGAGAGUCACACUGUGUUAUAUUGAGAUACUGUGUUAUAGAGAGUCACACUGUGUUAUAUAGAGUCACACUGUGUGUUAUAUAGAGAUACUGUGUUAUAUAGAGUCACAAUGUGUGUUAUAUAGAGAUACUGUUAUAUAGAGUCGCACUGUGUGUUAUAUAGAGAUACUGUUAUAUAGAGUCGCACUGUGUUAUAUAGAGGUACUGAGUAUGGGUGUUAUAUAGAGGUACUCCAUGUGAUAUAGCAUAUUGGUGUUAUACAGAGAUACAGUGUGUAAUGUAGAGGUAUUCCGUGUAAUAUUGUUGGUGUGGAGACUAUGUGCAGUUUAUCUGUUCUGGUGGGGCGGUUAUAGUGUUACUAUCACGAUUUUCGUACUGAAAAUGAAAUUUCACCUUUAAUAUCAGUGAUAUGUAGAACCCUGCAAUUUAUUGUAAUGUGAUUGUCAAAAUAUUGAAUUCUAGUGCAACUUAUCACUCUCAGCCAGCCACUAACUGUUCCUCUGGUGUUUAUCUGGGAUUUUAGAAAUACGUGACUCUAUCUCACCCUCUAUCCAUGUGGUAGGUGAUGGUAUACAAAGCAAGCUCUCUGAAGGUGAUGGGAAUGGUAGUCUGCCCUCCACCUUACUAUACAAAUUGUGUUGUGUUUUCAUUGCGUCUCCUGUUAAAUAGCUAGUAAGUUAAUAAUACAGGACACGGUGUAUAUUGAUUGAAAUAGUGUGUGUCAGUAAAAAGAUCUGUAGAAUUGUAUGAAUGAUAGAAUGAGGAAUGUGGCAGGAAUGUAACAGUCAAACGCUAACUCACCCCUCAAUGAAGCUUAAAAUCCAGACAAAUAAUGUCCCUCGUCCUUCCCUGCUCAGUAACUGGAUAAAGGUGAGGAUACUCUGUGUACACUAUUACCAGCACAGUAACUGGAUAGAGGUGAGGAUACUCUGUGUACACUAUUACAGCCACAGUAACUGCAUAGAGGUGAGGAUACUCUGUGUACACUAUUACAGCCACAGUAACUGGAUUGAGGUGAGGAUACUCUGUGUACACUAUUACCGCCACAGUAACUGGAUAGAGGUGAGGAUACUCUGUGUACACUAUUACCGGCACAGUAACUGGAUAGAGGUGAGGAUACUCUGUGUACACUAUUACAGCCACAGUAACUGGAUAGAGGUGAGGAUACUCUGCGUACACUAUUACCGGCUCAGUAACUGGAUAGAGGUGAGGAUACUCUGUGUACACUAUUACAGCCACAGUAACUGAAUAGAGGUGAGGAUACUCUGUGUACACUAUUACAGCCACAGUAACUGGAUAGAGGUGAGGAUACUCUGUGCACACUAUUACAGCCACAGUAACUGGAUAGAGGUGAGGAUACUCUGCGUACACUAUUACCGCCACAGUAACUGGAUAAAGGUGAGGAUACUCUGUGUACACUAUUACCGCCACCGUAACUGCAUAGAGGUGAGGAUACCCUGUGUACACUAUUACCUGCACAGUAACUGGAUAGAGGUGAUACUCUGUGGGGUACAAUGUACCUGACUUAACUCCUGUCAGUAGUGGACACACGGUAUUAAUAUCUUAAUAUCUGACAAUUGACCGUGGGGUAGGAAGAUCCCAAAGAAUGCUCUGCCUGACUGCAUCAUGCCUACUAUGCGAUUUUUGAAGGAAGUGGGGAAUAGUCUGGAUUGAAGUAAUGGUAGCUCUGAUUGUCCUCCUUGUGCUAUAGGGAGCUCUGAUUGGCCUCCUCCUCCUAUAUGGAGCUCUGAUUGUCCUCCUUGCACUAUAUGGAGCUCUGAUUGUCCUCCUUGCACUAUAUGGUGCUCUGAUUGUCCUCCUCAUGCUAUAUGGAGCUCUGAUUGUCCUCCUCAUGCUAUAUGGAGCUCUGAUUGUCCUCCUCAUGCUAUAUGGAGCUCUGAUUGUCCUCCUCAUGCUAUAUGGAGCUCUGAUUGUCCUCCUCAUGCUAUAUGGAGCUUUGAUUGGCUUCCUCAUGCUAUAUGGAGCUCUGAUUGGCCUCCUGGUACUAUAUGGAGCUCUGAUUGGCCUCCUCGUACUAUAUGGAGCUCUGAUUGGCCUCCUCGUACUAUAUGGAGCUCUGAUUGGCCUCCUCGUACUAUAUGGAGCUCUGAUUGUCCUCCUUGCACUAUAUGGUGCUCUGAUUGUCCUCCUCAUGCUAUAUGGAGCUCUGAUUGUCCUCCUCAUGCUAUAUGGAGCUCUGAUUGUCCUCCUCAUGCUAUAUGGAGCUCUGAUUGUCCUCCUCAUGCUAUAUGGAGCUCUGAUUGUCCUCCUCAUGCUAUAUGGAGCUCUGAUUGUCCUCCUCAUGCUAUAUGGAGCUCUGAUUGGCCUCCUGGUACUAUAUGGAGCUCUGAUUGGCCUCUUCGUACUAUAUGGAGCUCUGAUUGGCCUCCUCGUACUAUAUGGAGCUCUGAUUGGCCUCCUCGUACUAUAUGGAGCUCUGAUUGGCCUCCUCGUACUAUAUGGAGCUCUGAUUGGCCUCCCCGUACUAUAUGGAGCUCUGAUUGGCCUCCUCGUACUAUAUGGAGCUCUGAUUGGCCUCCUUCUGCUAUAUGGAGCUCUGAUUGGCCUUCCACGUACUAUAUGGAGCUCUGAUUGGCCUUCCACGUACUAUAUGGAGCUCUGAUUGGCCUUCCACGUACUAUAUGGAGCUCUGAUUGGCCUUCCACGUACUAUAUGGAGCUCUGGCCUUCCACGUACUAUAUGGAGCUCUGAUUGGCCUUCCACGUACUAUAUGGAGCUCUGACUGGCCUUCCACGUACUAUAUGGAGCUCUGACUGGCCUUCCUCGUGCCAUUUGGAGCUCUGACUGGCCUUCCUCGUGCCAUUUGGAGCUCUGACUGGCCUUCCUCGUGCCAUUUGGAGCUCUGACUGGCCUUCCUCGUGCCAAUUGGAGCUCUGACUGGCCUUCCUCGUGCCAAUUGGAGCUCUGACUGGCCUUCCUCGUGCCAUUUGGAGCUCUGACUGGCCUUCCUCGUGCCAUGAGGAAAUCUACAGCCAGUCAUAUCACCAUUCAUUGCAUCUGUGCAUUGUCUGAUCUUACUUUGUUUUUUGGGUCUCUUGUUUGUGUUUAUUUUUAAUGAGCUGAAACCCGUGAAAUGUCUACUAACUGGCCCUCGGUCAGGAUUACAUAACCUGCUGUGUCCUUUUAUAUCAUAUUAACGGAGUGAUUAUAGAUUACAUGUAUGUUGUGUGUUUUACAUGAAUUAACUUUCUUUGUCCAUUCUUUCCAGGAAUGACCUCGGAAAACUCUCCCCUUCUUCAUUACCGCCUCUUCAGUGUAUCCGAUGGCGCUCUGGGGCCUGCAGACUCCGCCCUAUGCGGCACAGAAACUAUUACCGCAGGUCCUGCACCACGCAAACUUUCCACCUUUUUUGGUGUUGUGGUGCCCACUGUUCUGUCCAUGUUCAGCAUUGUUUUAUUCAUGAGGAUCGGUGAGUUCUCCCGAUACACGGGCUGUACGUGACCAGGGACACCAUAGAAUUCAUGCACAGUAUACUGGGGUACAAAUUGCUUUCAGGAAGGCAGGGCUCCCUAUGUGAAUAAAAAGACACAGAGGGGCGAAAUAAUGGCAAACAUUAGCAGAUACAAGAGGUGAAUAAGUCUUUAUUAAAACAAGUUACCAAGCUAGGAUAUAUUAUAAUAAUUGAACUGGGCAGGAAAUGAAUUGAUUUAAAAUGAUCGAUAAGACCCACUGACCGAUGGCUAUCAAAGAUAAAAUGUUUGUAUUACCCUGAUAAAACCGACCGACUGAUUAUAUUCAGCUUAUUGCACUAAGGAAACUUGUGGGUUUUUUUGUUUUUUUUUACUAUUUUGUGUCCUCUUAGAGCAGGGGUGGCAACCAUCGGCACUCCAGAUGUUGUGGACUACAUCUUCCCUAAUGCUUUGCCAGCUUUAUGACUAUAUGAGCAUUGUGGAGUGGUGAAGGUUGUCUACCCCUGUUUUAGAGCUCAUGUCUAUGUCUGCAGUGUCAGACUGACCACUGUCUUCUUUCUUCUUCCAGGUUUCGUUGUGGGACAUGCGGGUCUCCUGCAGUCUCUUCUCAUGCUAUUUGUGGCCUACGCUAUCAUCUGGCUGACUGUGCUCAGUGUCUGUGCCAUCUCUACUAACGGAGCUGUCCAGGGAGGCGGAGCGUACUGUAUCCUAAUCAGACUUCAAUGAAAAUGUUAUUCAAAACGGCACAGGCCGCCUCGAGAUAGGUGAGGGCCCUCUUCCCAAUGGCCGUAGUUUUAUCCUAUUUCUAUAUAUUUUGGGCUUGUGUAUGCUCUGCUCAUCAGGAUCAGGAUAUUUUAGGAAGGAUAUUUUUCAGGGAUAGAAAAAUGAAGGCACUCCACAUGUUGUAGACAACAUCUCCCCUGACGAUUUUCCAUUUUGCUGUAAGUGCAUUAUGGGAGAUAUAGUCCACAACAUUUGGGUUGGCGUACCGAAUGUUGCCAACCCCCAUUCUAGAUAAUCACAAAAUAUCGAAAGAACUUUGUUUUAUACUGGCUUCUUCCACCCCUUUCUUUCCCAUCCCUUGUCCAUCUCUACUCUGUUGUCCUCCUUGAUUGUCUCCCAGUUAUGAUCUCACGAACACUAGGUCCUGAGUUUGGAGGUAGCAUUGGUCUGAUGUUCUAUCUGGCCAAUGUAUGUGCAUGUGGAGUCUAUGUUCUGGGACUGGUGGAGGCCGUGCUUGACAUCUUUGGGAAAGGUCUGUAUGGGUUUUAUUUAUUUUUCUUUUACAUACUCUGCUCACUUGUCUCCUUUUUUAUUUGUUAAUCUACCUUAAUUGUCAUUCACACUCACAUAAUCAGUUUUUUCUCUUUUCUCAGACACGUCGGGCAUUUCAGACCCUUUGCGUGCUCUCCCCCAAGGGUACGGCUAUAACUUUCUUUAUGCUAGCGUGGUCCUCCUCCUUUGUUUGUCGGUUUGCCUGGUUGGAGCCUCCAUUUAUUCGCAAGCUUCAUUCUUCAUCUUUAUUGUGGUCUUGUUAGUCCUUUUAUCAAUCUUACUUAGUUUUGUGGCUGUAGGGCCACUCCAUGUGACCAUUCGACAUGGAGAUAACACAACUAUAAUUGGAGAAUAUACUGGAAUCAACAGCACCACUCUACAUAACAAUCUACAUGGUAUGUAUAGACUGUUUAUACCUCUGACCUCAUACUCUGUUAUUUUAAAUCACGUGACUCUCUCUCGCUUUCUCUCAUCAGCCGAUUAUUCCUUGGACUACACUACCGGUAAUCUCAUGAACUUUGCUACAGUGUUUGCGGUUAUGUUUAAUGGUUGCACCGGAAUCAUGGCAGGAUGUAACAUGUCUGGUAAGAAACAUUUGCAAAUAAAGCGAAUUGGUGGCAGAAGUAGGUUGUUGCCUGAGCAUAGAAUCCAUUUGAAUUGGUAUAUCCCUCCCCCCCCCCCUCUACCUUAAAUGGGGAUGCAGACUAUUCCAGUAUAAUUUACCAGAAAUAAAGACACAAAUGAAGUGUGCAAGGUGCUUAAUCCCAAUUUUGUGUAAAUAAACAAUUCGUAAAACUGCUGCAGACACAAAGUCACAUAAAAAAUGUGAAGUACAGCACGUUUUUUUGUUUUGUAUUCCAGUUUAGUUAUUAGAGUUAAUUCCCCUUGACCCUUCUUUAAAUAAAUGUAAUUAUAAAACAAUAUGACUGUCCCUUCCAUGCACAAAAUAUUAUUAAAAAUAUAAAUUUAACAUUCCUUCCCCCAACCCAGGUACGUAUUACAGUAAAGUAAAACUCUUUGCAAUGCUUACGUAGGUUCUGAAAACCUAGAGUAGUAUUGCAAAUUCCAGUUUAAGAACAUGCAGCCGGCAUUGCCAUAAAAUAUUAAUAAAACUGUCAAAUGCUCCAUUUAUUGCUAUUUGUAGAGAAUCUGCUGGUAUGCUUACUUCCAAAAUAGCCAUCUAAAUAGCAAAUAUGCAACAAAAUCUCUUCCCCUCACUCAUUCCAUGCAACACAUUACAAACGUCAUUCUUAAAUGGAAGAACUGCUUUAUUUCAGGCUUCUAAGGAGCCCUCAGGUGUAUGCCUGUAUAAAUCCAGAUUUUCUCUCCCUCUGGGCUGCAUUACUAGUUUUCACAGAUCUGAAGAUAACAUGGUUAUAGCCACAACAGCUUCUGAAUGCACAGUAACAACUGAUUUAUAUCAUUUUUAUAUAUUUUUUUAUUCUUAUUUUAAUUUUUUUUAAUGUUCUUACAGGGGAACUUAAGCAGCCCAGCCGAGCUAUUCCCAUUGGCACCAUAAUCGCUGUGAUCAUUACAUUUUUUGUCUAUUUAAUUCUCUUCCUCAUGACUUCACUGACUUGUAACCGGUAAGGCCGCACUCCAGUUUAUUACCCGCACCUAGUAUGGAAACAAAUAUACUGGAAUUAUUACUGGGAAAAGGGGAUUUUCCUAUCACUUUACCUUAUUGGAGGUUUACAAUAAGUAGUAAUACAAUAGCUACCUGUAAGAGAAAGUUGUUCCAGACCAGAAAUGACUUCGCUGAUUAUGAUGCUCCCAAAACGUUCUAUGGAUUUACUGAGUUUAGCUUCUAAAGAAAGAGCUUUGCUUUAGAUGGAACGAUGGGAUAGCUAUCCUAUAGUAACGGAGUGUUGGCCCCCAGGUCCUAUAGUAACGGAGUGUUGGCCCCCAGGUCCUAUAGUAACGGAGUGUUGGCCCCCAGGUCCUAUAGUAACGGAGUGUUGGCCCCCAGGUCCUAUAGUAACGGAGUGUUGGCCCCCAGGUCUUAUAGUAACGGAGUGUUGGCCCCCAGGUCCUAUAGUAACGGAGUAGUUGGCCCCCAGGUCCUAUAGUAACGGAGUAGUUGGCCCCCAGGUCCUAUAGUAACGGAGUAGUUGGCCCCCAGGUCCUAUAGUAACGGAGCAGUUGCCCCCAGGUCCCAUAGUAACGGAGUAGUUGGCCCCCAGGUCCUAUAGUAACGGAGUAGUUGGCCCCCAGGUCCUAUAGUAACGGAGUAGUUGGCCCCCAGGUCCUAUAGUAACGGAGUAGUUGGCCCCCAGGUCCUAUAGUAACGGAGUAGUUGGCCCCCAGGUCCUAUAGUAACGGAGUAGUUGGCCCCCAGGUCCUAUAGUAACGGAGUAGUUGGCCCCCAGGUCCUAUAGUAACGGAGUAGUUGGCCCCCAGGUCCUAUAGUAACGGAGUAGUUGGCCCCCAGGUCCUAUAGUAACGGAGGAGUUGGCCCCCAGGUCCUAUAGUAACGGAGUAGUUGGCCCCCAGCUCCUAUAGUAACGGAGUAGUUGGCCCCCAGGUCCUAUAGUAACGGAGUAGUUGGCCCCCAGGUCCUAUAGUAACGGAGUAGUUGGCCCCCAGGUCUUAUAGUAACGGAGUAGUUGGCCCCCAGGUCCUAUAGUAACGGAGUAGUUGGCCCCCAGGUCCUAUAGUAACGGAGUAGUUGGCCCCCAGGUCCUAUAGUAACGGAGUAGUUGGCCCCCAGGUCCUAUAGUAACGGAGUAGUUGGCCCCCAGGUCCUAUAGUAACGGAGUAGUUGGCCCCCAGGUCCUAUAGUAAUAUAACGGAGUAGUUGGCCCCCAGGUAAUGUAAUAUAACGGAGUAGUUGGCCCCCAGGUAAUGUAAUAUAACGGAGUAGUUGGCCCCCAGGUAAUGUAAUAUAACGGAGUAGUUGGCCCCCAGGUAAUAUAAUAACGGAGUGAUGGGAUGGCCCCCAGGUAAUAUAAUUAAGUGAUGACUCGUACCGCUCCCCCCCAAACCCCACCGGUCGCUAUAGAUAUUAUAUGUGUAGUCGUCCCAUCCUGAACUUGUCCCAUUCAUUCCCAGGACACUGCUGAAAGAGGAUUAUGGAUUUUUUCGAUCUAUUAACAUCUGGUCUCCUUUCGUACUGAUCGGGGUGUACGCCACUUCCCUGUCUGCUUCCAUGAGCACCCUGAUCGGGGCGUCUCGCAUUCUGCACGCUCUGGCCAAGGACGACUUGUUUGGUGAGGAUAGACAGAGCUACCUGUCAUUCACACUCCUUACACAUCUAAGUUGCUGUCUGCCUCUCGGGAGACCAUUACAAUAGUUAUUCCACCGAGCACUCCAUAACAUGUCCUGCGCACCCCACUGUGCACCCUACCAUUUUUCCUGCACUUCCCUCUGUCCAUCCAUCCUCCUUCCCCUCCAUUAUUUAUCUCACUUUAGUGAUCAUCAUGCAUUCACUAUUCAUAGAGAUUUCCAUAAAUCCUUCUUAAAACGUCCCCUAUUGGUUGUCUCAUCUUCGCAUGUCCCACCAACCACCUCAGUCACUCACAUUUUCCCUCUAAUUGUUGUUUCUUGGUUCCCGUCUCCUCCGUUGGAUCUAUCCCUCCAUGUAUCCUGCUAUUCUAGCCUUCCCUCGCUCUAUUACUAGUCUGCUAACCAUUCACACCUGCUUCUGUCUCGACUUUUAUCCAUCAGGAAUAUUGCUGUCUCCAGCUAAACUUGUAUCCAAAGGAGGAAACCCCUGGGGAGCCGUGGUGUACACCUGGUUUUUGGUACAGGUUAGUCCUUACUAGUGUCCAUAUCGGCUAACCGUCCGCUCAGAGCAAAGAGACUACGAUGUUCAAUCAAUAUGUCACCCAUCCAUUAAAGGAACACGCCACUGAACGUUUUACAUUUGUUUUAACAAUUUAGUAGAUCUACCACCAAUAAAAACAUGCAGAUUUUUUCCAUGCAUGCUUUAUUUUAGAGUGUAUUAAUAAAAAAAAAAAAACGAGAGAGCCCAGCUGCCUGAUUGAAGUGUUCCCUGACGGCAAUUAGAGGUCUCUCACUGAAAAUCGUCUGACUGGAACCGCAAGCAAUCACAGCUUUCUUAUAUUUCUCAGUGAGCUGUAAUAUAUGACCGGGCAUGGAGGGAGGAAGGGCAGGGGCACUGGGUGGGUACUCAGUGGGUGACAGGUGGGCAUGGAGUUGGAAGAUUAUCAGGGGCACGUGGUGGGUACUCGGGUAAUAUGACAGGUUGGCAUAGAGAAGGUGGAGAGGCAGCGUGGGGUCAGUCUGAGAUUAUAAAAGUAAAUUUAUUGUCUGUCUGUCUGUAUCAGUUAUUCAUUCCUGACCCGUACCUGUUUCUCAGCUUGUUCUCUUAGCAGGGAAACUUAACACAAUAGCUGGUAUUGUCACCGUAUUCUACCUCAUGGCAUACGCUGCUAUAGAUCUGGCAUGUCUGGCACUAGAAUGGGCAUCGGCACCUAACUUCCGGUAAGUGUAUUCACAGCUACACCAUGCCAUGUGUAUAUACAACGCAGACCGCGGCAUUGCCCCCUCACCCACUACUACACCAUGCCAUGUAUACACAGCACAGACAGCGCCAGUGUCAGCCUCUCCUCACACACUACUCCACCAAGCCAUGUAUACACAGCACAGGUACAGCGCAGACAGCAGCAGUGCCAGCCUCCCCCUCACACACUACUACACCAUGACAUGUAUACACAGCACAGACAGCAACAGUGCCAGCCUCCCCUCACACACUACUACACCAUGCCAUGUAUACACAGCACAGGUACAGCACAGACCGUGACAGUGACAGCCUCCCCCUCACACACACUACUACACCAUGCCAUGUAUACACAGCACAGGUACAGCACAGACAGCGACAGUGCCAGCCUCCCCCUCACACACUACUACACCAUGCCAUGUAUACACAGCACAGGUACAGCACAGACAGCGGCAGUGCCAGCCUCCCCUCACACAUUACUACGCCAUACCAUGUAUACACAGCACAGGUACAGCGCAGACAGCGGCAGUGCCAGCCUCCCCCUCACACACUACUACACCAUGCCAUGUAUACACAGGUACAGCACAGACCGCGGCAGUGCCAGCCUCCCCUCACACACACUACUACACCAUGCCAUGUAUACACAGCACAGGUACAGUACAGACAGCGGCAGUGCCAGUCUCCCCUCACACACUAGUACACCAUGCCAUGUAUACACAGCACAGUUGCUACUGCAGUUCUUGGCUCUGAGACCGAUGUCUUUCUCCUCUCUCUAGACCCACAUUUCGACUUUUCUCCUGGCAUUCCUGUUUGCUGGGGAUACUGAGUUGUCUGGUGAUGAUGUUUCUCAUUAACCCUGCCUAUGCCUCAGGGAGUAUAGUCCUCCUCCUGCUCUUGCUGGGCUCCAUCCAUUUCCGGAGCAGUAGCAGUGGUUGGGGAUAUAUCAGCCAAGCCUUGAUCUUCCACCAGGUAAGUCACAGUGUGGGGGAUGGAGAGAUUGGGGGUGGCCCUUGGUCCGUAUUUACAUUCCGCCUCAUGGUAACCCUCUGCGUUCCCUCCCAGGUCAGGAAGUAUCUGCUCCUCCUGGAUGUGAGGAAGGAGCAUGUGAAAUUCUGGCGGCCCCAGAUUCUGCUGAUGGUAUCUAAUCCACGGACAUCAUGCCAACUCAUCAAAUUUAUUAACGAUUUGAAAAAAGGCGGGCUGUUUAUCAUGGGCCACGUGGAGACUGGAGACCUGGGUGAGAUUGGAAAUUCUCCCACCACAUCACCAUUUAUUAAUCAAUGAGCUGUAUGUGUCCUCUACUCAGUCCUACGUAGUCCCCACCGUUGUAACAAAUGCAGGUCCGGCAGUGUUUGGUAUACAUGGAGAAUCUGCCCAGGUUUGCUGACAGACCCUUAAUGACCUCUGCGGGCUGUCUGAUCUGUUAGAAUUCCUGUUUCAGUUUAAAGCUCUCUGAAUUAUAUUUUAUUACACUGUCCUCAAGGACCUUCUAAAACCCUGUAGAAUCACAUCCACCCAGAUUGACCCUGAAGAGGAGGGGUUACAGGUCGGAUUGGGCUGGUGUCACUGCCCUCGUAUUCAGAGGUGGUUUCUGAUGGCGUCAGUAUCUCCUUACAGACAGCACAAUAUCUCUUUUACACUCAGGAUGUAACUUUUUUGUUUAUACAGUUUAUUAUAUUAUUCCAGUUAUUAUACUCUUCCUGUCUACUCCCCUUAUUAUACUGAUCUGCCCUCGUUAUGUCUCCCAGAUGCGCUCCCUUCAGAUCCCGUGCAGAUUCAUUACAGUUUCUGGCUCAGUCUGGUUGAUAAGCUGAAUGUGAAAGCUUUUGUGGAUCUUACUCUCUGUCCAUCGGUCCGACACGGAACCCAACAACUCCUGCGUAUCACUGGACUGGGUAUGUUCAUCUUAAUCUUUAACUCAGAAUUACCCACUCCCUGCAACUACGCUGCUCACCACGUAUCUCCUCUCUGCAACUGCACUGCUUCACAUACAGCUAUUAUUACUAUUCCUGCGCUGACCCCACACACCGCUCGGUCACGGCACCUCCAUCCUGCCCUGCAGCUCUCUCUGCUAUUCCUGCACUGACCCCACACACGGCUCUGUCAUUGCACCUUCAUCCUAUCCUGCAGCUCUCUCUGCUAUUCCUGUACUGACUCCACACAGCUCUGUCACUACACCUCCAUCCUGACCUGCAGCUCUCUCUCCUAUUCCUGUACUGAGCCCACACACAGCUCUGUCACUGCACCUCCAUCCUGCCCUGCAGCUCUCUCUGCUAUUCCUGUACUGACCCCACACACAGCUCUGUCACUGCACCUCCAUCCUGCCCUGCAGCUCUCUCUGCUAUUCCUGUACUGACCCCACACACAGCUCUGUCACUGCACCUCCAUCCUGCCUUGCAGCUCUCUCUGCUAUUCCUGUACUGAGCCCACACACAGCUCUGUCACUACACCUCCAUCCUGCCCUGCCGCUCUCUCUGCUAUUCCUGUACUGACCCCACACACAGCUCUCACUGCACCUCCAUCCUGCCCUGCAGCUCUCUGAUAUUCCUCUAUCACUACACCUCCAUACUUCACCUUUAAAGGAAUACUCCACUUCCCAAAUGGGCAAACCAUUAUAUAUCACAGUUUAGUAAAUAUACCUCAAUGAACACAUUCAUGCAUUUUUGUGUUUGUAUUCAUUGAGGGUACAUCUUAGAACAGUUGGCAAAUGCUACAAUUCUUAUGAACUCUGCCUUUGCGGGCUCAAUAAGAGUUCAGGGGAAGAAUCCUCCCUGGCUUAUUGUCUGACAGGCACGGGGGCAUUUCAGAAAUUAUUUAUAGUUUCUAAUCAAAGUUAUUAUGUGAUAGCAAGCCGCAGUGCUUAAUGGGUGUGGAGUGGUCCUUUAAAACUGGCAAAGCAUCAUUGGAGUUGCAGAUGUAUGCUGGCUUUGGGUUUAGCCCACCCCUGUGUGGUUGUUUAGCCUGGGAAUGACUCAAUUCUGUUGAUGUGUAGAAAGAUUUAUUGAUCCAUACGGCUAUAUUUUCAAUAUUGGAGAUACACUCCGUUAAUCUAGUGAAUUCUUCUUACACAGUUUAUAAUCACCAGUCUACAAGGGAUGCUGUCCAUCUCCAGGCAAAAUGAAUGUUUAAUGUGUCUUAACUAGGCUCUUAAAGGAACACUAUAGUCACGUAAACAACGUUGUUUUGGUGCCUAUAGAGUCCCUUUGGAGUUGGAGGUUGCUAAUUAAUAAAAUGUGUUUUGCUGUCUUUAUUAUCUUGAAUCCAGGAAUGUUGCACGGUAACCAGGUAAAGCCAUAUAUCAGGAGAAGGUGGUCCUUGUUUUGGACAUAAGACCAGCACAACAUACUCUUUAUCAAAAUACACAGAAAUAAAAACCUAAUCACACACCUACCAUAUCUGCCCUCUCCUCUCUUUUCUAUCAAUCCCUUCCUGGAAUGCCGAUAGCUAGACUGCUCUCUUGGUAGAGUUCGGACGUUUACAUAGAAAUCCGAUGGAGGUCUGAAAUAAGAUGGAGUCAGAAUGUCCCUCACACCGGCUUUAAAAGCUAAGCUGGGGCAUAUGCGUGUAUGCAGCUAUUCCUUUGUUCUGAGGUUUUAUUUAGAGUGCCACAUUUUCCUGUCUCCUCAUUGAUGACACUUUAUUUUAUUAAUCCGCAGGCGGCAUGAAGCCCAACAUGCUGGUUCUUGGUUUCUAUGAUGAUGCCACCCCUGAUGACUUCUUCCUGCAAGAUCCUGCUUUUGCUCCCGGCCUGGCUCCCCAAGAUGACCCAUUUGGUGUGGAUGCUACAUCGCUGCAGGCUCAUUUUCCACCCGUUCGAGGUCCUGAGACCCCACACCUUCUCUCAGCCAAGGAAUAUGUUGCAAUGAUCUGUGAUGCCCUAAAGAUGCACAAGAACAUAGUGCUUGCACGAGGCUUCCCUUCCCUGGCCAGGCCUGAAAAUGCUGGUUCUGGUACAUACAUAGAUGUUUGGCCAUUGGACCUCCUGCGACCUCAGGCUUCAGCGUAUGUGGACGUUUGCAGCCUCUUCCUGCUGCAGAUGGCGUGCAUCCUCAACAUGGCUGCCUCAUGGCGCCGCUGUCGGCUACGUGUCUUUCUUUGUGUGGAAUCCAGGGGAAGUGGAGGCAAUGGUGGGAAUAGCUGGAUUGCGGCUGAAGCCAAGUUCCGUGAGCUUUUGUGCAAAUUACGCAUAUCUGCAGCCAUCCGUGUGGUGGCAUGGAACAGCGUGGCAGCACUCCGUGGCCAAAAUGGUGUAACACAGGGCCUGUCACGUGAACCCAUCUCCACAGAGUACCUCACUGCUGCCAACCGUGUGGUGGUAGAAGAGGGUGGCACAGAUUCUGCUGUGCGUUUUUUUUACCUUCCACGUCCACCAGCUGAUGCCUCUCUCCAUGAACGCUACCUGGAGGAAUUGGAGGCUCUGACAGAAGGCCUUGGGCCUACAUUACUAAUUCAUGGCCUGACUCCUGUCACCUGCACUGAGCUCUGAUGGAUCUUCAUGCCCUUCGCUGUUUGCAGCUGCUCGACUUUCCUGACUUUGGACUAAGGACCAUGUUCUUUUUGAGGCCAUUCAUUUUUUUGCCAUUUCCUACUCAUUGCCACAAAUCCAGCACUAACAUGAGAAAAUCCUGGAUUAUUUGUGUUUUCCGAUUACAGUAAGCUAGGCUGAACUGUAUCUGGGGGUAUUUUACCUCCUUAUUAACUCCUUGUAAUGUAUUGUAAACUGCUGCAACGACCUUUUCUGGUGGCAUUGGGUACCGUUUAAUGUUCAGAUUGUAACACAGAAUGUUUCUCUGCCUUUCCUCAUUAGGGGACGUAAGCUAAUAUUACUAUAAGCCUUUGCUUACACACACACACCACGAACCCAUCACACUUGGUACAUACGCUAACAUCGCACUUUAACCUUUUUGUUGUUUGUCCUCUGUCGUUUUGGGGUCAUGUUUGGCCUGUCUGUCUGCUUGUAAGAACAGUUCAGGUUUUUCUUCUUCCAUUAGACCCCCUUCAAUGUGGGGGUUCACUCCGGGAUCGGGGUUUGGGCAUUUCCUUUAUUCCCUGUGUAUUAUGUAACGCAAGCCAAGCACAGCUGGGGCCAGUUCCAUUUCUGUUAUGCAAGACUAAAAUGUCCCCUUCCCAGCACUGCCGCUCACUGUUUUCUUCAUUUUUUAUUAUUGUGGGUUUGUUUGCUUCUUUUUUGUCUGCCCUCCACGUACGACAGUCUCAAGGUUUCACACGAUCUGUUUAUAAUGGUCGUUCUGAGCCCAGUCACAUUUCAUGGCUGAUGGUAGCACUUUGGGCAAAUGCCUCUUCUGUCUUCCUUCCGCUCCUCACAAUCUGAUGUAAUACCAGGUUUGUAUACCUUUUUUAUUUAACACACAAGAAGUUGUAAUGUUGGGCUCAGUUCCCAGAAUCCUCUUGUUUCCUCUCAAGGUGAAAGGAUUUUACUGAUGGCGUUCUCUUUUUACCUUAUCACACUCCACACUACCGUGAAAUAUUGUGGACCUUGAUAGGUCGUUAACAGCGGGGUAUAAUUAGAUCGCAAAAUUCCAUAAAUGCCAAUUUAUAGUCCGCUUAAGAAGCCAGACAUAUAUCUUUUGCAGUUUAAACCAGCUAUGGCGUAUUCAGCUCGCAAAUGCUCCUGUACAUUAAACAAAUCUAACCUAUUACAGAGUUAUAAUCGUGUUCUAACGUCUUCAGAUAUAGAUUUUAUUUAACUCUUUUACAGUCAUGUUAAUAUAUUAAUAUGUGAACCAUUUAAUUUAUUUUCAUGUAGCCCAGGUUUUGGGUAAAAUAACUGAUUUUCAGUUUACAUACAAAGUAGAAAAAUUGUUAAAGUAAAAGAAAUCUUCAAACUGUUUCCUUUGCGCAAUUCUUUCAUUUUAUUUUCAUUGUCUAGCAUUUAAAGGUAUACAAUCAGUUUUAUAUUUGGCCCUUUUAUGGACAGGUAAAUGCAGUGUCUGCCUGGUUUAGCUUGAUGGGAAUUGUAGAACACGGUGCCUGGUAUGUCCUGCUCGUAGUUUUGUGUGUUGCGUAUAUACUCUGCACACAGCUCUGGAUCUCUAUAAGAACUGGCAGUACUGAAUUUGGCAGCUUUCUAUCCCAGUGUCCCUUUAAAUGCUGUAAUAUGUUUCAUCCCUUUUGUGUUUGACUAUUUUCGUUAUUUAAAAGCGCAGUUCCCCCACUGGAUUAAUUGUAACCUCAAACAUGGGCUUAAACAGAUUGAGUCGUUAUGCAGAGAGACGGCUGACUGGACGAGUUAGCUCGUUCCUGUAAAUAUUGGAGAAUUAUCUCACUAAAUGCAGGAAAGUCUUCAAUCCUUACUGAAUUUGUUUCCUUGAAUCCAUCACAAAGCAAAGUGUAAAUGUCUGACAAGUAGAGGAUUAAACGUGGUUUGCUACCUCCAGCUUUCUUUGGUAAUUUUCUGACAAUAGGCUGGUAGAUAUUUUAAUGUGAGAAGCAACGAUCUUUGCUGCCUAAUCAGAAAAGCUUUUCCUGUUCCUGUCGCAAAAUGUGGACUAUUGUCAUUAAUGGUAAAAUGCGUUGGGUGCAUGUUGGUCAGUAGGAUCAGGGACAGCCUGCCCAGUUAAUACAAAUUGGAUUUAUACAGAGCAUGUACCGAGGUGGACUCCAAUUUCUGCCACUUUACCCGAUAUUCAUGUAUUUGUAAUAAAAUUAACGACGCACGGUUUAUUGUUGACAGACAUUUCUACUAAUGGUGGGAACUGCCCUUUUAAAAAAUUGUCUAUUUAUUUUGGGAAUUUCCCUUCGGUUAGUGCCUUUUUACAUACUGUCUGCGCACAGAUUAAAAGAUAAUAAAUAUUGUGACUGUUACUUACGUUUCUUAUGUUUUUUUUUAUUUUUAUAAACUAAAAAAAAAAAUUUUUUUUAUGUAACAUUUUGACACUUAAUAAAAAUUAAUAGUAAGAUUACAAUGUCUCUUCCUGAUCUAGUAACUCAUUUUGGGAAUGAAGAUUUAAUUUCUGGUUUGUUCAUUUUUAUUCUCAGUGGCAGCUAGUGGGUAAAUGGUUAAAAAUGAAUCCCAUGGCAAGAAGUAGCUGUUUAACAAAGAAUCAAAUUUUUGCCUUAUUCCAUUUUAAACAUGGAUUCCUUUUAAUCUGUGUUUGCAGUAUACAACUGCUUGGAACACAAUUUAGGAAAAGAUGCAAAACCAGUGAACCACUCGUGGACAGCUGUUUCGUUGUUAAUGCAACUCGUCAGCAUUAGGUUGGCUACUGGUUUGCUUAUUGAGGCUUGGUAGUGCUUGGGAAGCAAAAUCCAAAAUAGGUUAUGGUGGGGAAAAAUUAUGAUUGAAAACCCCUUCCACCUGAAGUCUGUGGAUAGUUAAUACAAUGUUAAAUUAAAAUCUGCACACCAGUCAAGCCACUUUGUUAAACUAAUUUGCAUAUGCCCUGUGGCAAACCCAGCCACUUGUAAUAUUCUGGACUAUGUGCAUAAAAAGGUUGUCUGUACUAAUCUCUGUAACUUCUUGUAUAACCUGGAUUUACACUGUGUGUUACUGUAUGUUUGCAUAGAAUUCGUAUGCUAGCAGCCGAAAGCCACUAGCAUUCAUGUGUUUCGUUUCACGAACAGCAACCCUACGGGCUGUUCGUGAACCGAAUGAGCUACCCCCUAAUAGCCCACACAUAGAGGCACGUGUGGCACUCAUUAACCGAUUGCAACAAUGUUGCAAUUGGUAAUUAGAGGCUUUCCUAGGUGGCCGUCGUUAGGCUACCGACCACACGGCGGUCGGCCAUCUUGGAUCCUUUGUCUCACCAGCGGGGUUUGGUCGUCGAGCACGUGGAGCCAAAAUCGGCUACUCGACGACACAAACCCCGCUGGACUUCCAGGCCGUUCGGGAGCUCCGGUAUUUCCCUAUUACAGUUCCCCAUCGGUGUUCGGUACUUUCGGACGAACUCAUGGGCAAAGUGUAUUUCGUGCGGCGUUCAGUUGUUUUAGCUGGGAUCUGAGCGGUAUUCUCGACAAAGGUGCGCUCAGACCCCAGCUAUCUACCGAACGUCCAUUCGUUUAAAUCACUCAAGUAUUAUAAAAGUUAUAUAUUUUAAUGUGAAAUGCCAGUUCUGCUGCACGGAGGGAUAAUCCACUUAACGGUGUAUUCCAGUGGGAGUAUCCUUCUCGUCCAGCAGUGCCUUAUGGGAGAAAAAGUCUGAAUGUUAAGUCCCCUACUGUACAACCCCUGCCAUGUCAGUAGGGAAACCCCUUGCAUGGGGACUUGUAUAAAUACUGGAUGCUGUGAAUAAAAACCUCUGACUCCCAGAACUGUGUUUCGUCCGGUUACUGGGGGAUUUGGGAUAUUGCCUUACUUUUCAGCGCUUGACUGUGGAUUACCUUCUUUACCAGCGGAGAUCGUGGGAUUUAAUAUUGCCGCUCCGCUACAUGCCCAUCCAGAAUCCUUUGCGGUGGUAACAUCGCUGCAGUUUUGGGAUUUCUGUGGGAAAAGCAAGUCUUAUGGCUUGACUGGUGUGCAGAUUUUAAUUUAACAUGGAUAUAUAUAUGGAGAUAUAUAUACACAAAUAGGAGGAAUCUGGCACUCUACCUUUUAAAGUAACGAAAAUUCCAUAGACCAUGGUGCUGCACGGUGUGCAGUAUAGUAGAAAUAAACAAAGACAGCACUUGCUGGAUUUUUCAAAGUUAAAUGUGUUAUUCAAGCGAUCAAGGUUUCAACCCAAGAGGUCUUUAUCAAGAUCAUUUGUAAUAUAUAUAUAUAUGCACCUGCAGGCCCCUGGCUACCUGUACACUGCAGAGAGGCCCAGCACACUGUCUUAAACUGACACUGUAGGCACCCAGACCAAUUCAGCUCAUUGAAGUGGUCUGGGUGCAAACUUCCAUCACCCUUAACCCUAGAGUAGUAAUUAAUCAUUAUCUGCUAGGGUUAACUCCUCCUGAAGCUAUCUGGGGAUAUGUUUGACAUAUAGGUUAAAUACUUUAUUAUAUGAGUUAUGUAUUUUUAUGUGGUUUUCGUUAUAUAUUCACCUCCAGAAUAUUUCCCGUACCUGGAGAUAAUUAAGUUACUGUAACCACUUAAGCUAAUUAUCUCCAGGAUAGCGGGGAGGGUUCAGAAAGAUGCACUUUAUUCUGAUUGGUUUAUGUCCCUUGUAACACUGUGUUCCAUCAGGUCCAGAGGGGUGUGCCCCAUGGCCUGAAAAUGUGUAUAUAAGCAAUGCCUUUCUGUUCAAUAAACCAGACUUCUUACCC